CGGGAAGUUUUAUUGUAUGCGCUCGAAUAAAACAUGAGGUGCGAAGAAAUGAAUUGAAAGUGAAAGCAGAAGCAGUUGAAGGGACAGAGCACAAGCACACCAUGCCUUCUGCACCUUCGAAAAUCUACGCAGACGAUGUGAGCCUUCUGGUUGUGACGCUAGACACCAAUCCUUUCUUCUGGGCCACUUUCCCCUUCCCCUUCGCCGAGUUCCUCUCCCAAGUACUCGCCUUUCUCAACUCGAUCCUGCUCCUCGGCCAGCUCAACCAGGUCAUCGUCAUCGCCACUGGAUGCAACUCCUGCGCCUAUGUGUACGAUUCCUCUUCCGAACGGAACCACGGUGCCACCACCGGCACAAUGCCCGCGCUUUAUUCCAACCUACUCCACAAUAUCAACGAGUUUCUCGCCAGGGACCGGCAAUUAGAUGCUAUUAGAAAACCAGGAACCGUGCCUUCUUCGCUCCUAUCGGGCUCCUUGUCCAUGGCGCUUUGUUAUAUACAGAGAGCUUUUCGCUUAGGACCUAUGCCUCCGCAGCCUCGGAUUUUAUGUUUGCAAGGCGCUGCCGAUGGACCAGAACAGUAUGUGGCAAUCAUGAAUGCAAUAUUCUCUGCACAGCGUUCUAUGGUUCCUAUAGAUUCUUGUUAUAUUGGCUCCAACAACUCUGCAUUCCUCCAGCAGGCUUCAUACAUCACUAGUGGAAUAUAUUACAAGCCUCCCCAAUUGGACGGACUUUAUCAAUAUCUUUCAACAGUAUUUGCAACUGAUUUACAUUCUCGUGCAUUUUUAAGGCUUCCUAAAUCUGUGGGUGUGGAUUUUCGUGCAUCGUGCUUCUGCCAUAAGCGAACAAUUGACAUGGGCUUCGUAUGUUCUGUAUGCUUGUCCAUAUUCUGUGAGCAUCAUGAUAAGUGUUCAACCUGUGGGAGUUAGCAUGUAUAGGAACAGCUAUGAGACGAGGAAGACAAUCCCAGCUGUUUAAUUGAAGUUUUCAGCCCUGUAUUUGAAUGAUCUCAUUAUAAUACCUCACAGCCCCAAUGUUCUCUUGAAGCAAACAAUCGGCAUGUGCUAUGUAUAUUUUGUAUGAUUAUGUUCAAGCAAAUGCAUUUUUGAAGAAAGUUAAAAUUUAGUCCAUGGACCCUCUUUGUUACUGAAUGAUAAAAAUUUUCAUCACAUAAAAACUUGUCAAUGAAUUCAAUUGUAGUUUUUAGCAUAUAAAGUUUAGCCAUGUACUAGUUUGCCGUCGGAUCUCUAUUGCUAGAUGAAUGUCCUGGUAUACUUGCUUUUCUUCAUGUUUAAGUUUUUCAAUACAGAAUUGUAUAUGCUCGUUGUUUCUAAUCUCUAAAGCAAAUUAUAUAUAGAAUGUGAGAUCUGAAAUGAAACUUUUGACAUGCUUGAGAGUUUAAACGGAAAAAUGAGUUCCUUGUGAAUUUAUUAUCCAGAAGGAUGUAAUUUAAAUGAGUAUAUAUAGAAAGAUUAGUCAAAAGCAGCAGUCUUGCAAUGUGAUAAAUUGUUGUAUCGUCUGGUAAUUUGAAAAUAAAAUAUCAAGUUCUGUUAAUCAUGAGUUGAAGUUUCACAGUUGGUUAUACUAGAAUGUUAAAAGAAAUAGAAAAGAGAAGCACAAAUGUGAAUGAAAUAACAUUCAGGAUGUUGAAUGGAAACUUGAUCAGUUGACACUGCAUUUUUUUUAUCAUUUUCCUCUUAUG